AUGGGAACUGACGUGCUAGAUCGUAUGAUUGAACGUGAUAUAGCUUUGUCAUCAGGGUUCACUAGUGAUACGAGAGAGACUGUGAGCGUGGGCGUUGGUAAAGAUGCAGAGGACGACGAGUCGAAUUGCAUGGUUGUUGACGGUUGGAGCGACUACUCCUCAGAAUGCAUACACGACGAGCACAAGCCUAGUGUGUCGGUUGGUUCUCCGACUAGACUUGUGAGUGUGGAGACUCAAGCGACAGACAGCGUAUCUUGGUUGGCUACUGACACAUUGUCAACUUCAGGAUUUACCGAUCAGUCGACCGUAGAUCAGUCGACCAGGAGUCCAUUGGAGAUGACGAGAGAGAAGGUAGUGAGUUCAGGUUUGUGUGAAGAUGAGUCGAAUGUGGUUGGUCAACUGCGCGAAGAGUUGACGUCUUGUUAUGAACAGAUAGUGAAGCUGUCUAGAUCGGUGGAGGAGAGUGAUGCUUCGUUGAUGGAUGUCCGGCGUUUGUUGACUGUGAAGGAGAGUGAAGUGGCGGAUCUGAGAGAGGAGAAGCGUCAUUUACGAGACGAAGUGAAUGAGUUGAGGGAGACUGUAGAGGCAGAACGACGUGAUUUGGACAUAAUGCGUGCAAAUAUGGAUGUGUUGGAGAGCAAAGAAGAGGUGUCGGCGAUGUGCGAGGAGUGUCGUGGACCGAACGUUGCUGCUGCUGCUGCUGCUGCUGCUGUGGAGGAGGAGUGUGUGCAGACGGAGAUUGACGACGAAGUUUUUGACCUGGUGUCGACGUUGCAGCUCGAGGUUGCCCAUCUGCGUGAGGAAAAUGCGGCGACGUUGGCGGCUCUGGAGCGUUCACAGCUCGAGUUGAGCAUGAAACAGACGGAAGUGCAGGAACCGGAGUCACGUAUGAUGGUGAACGAGACAACUUGGUGGAUUCCUUGUGAGACUGUGAGAAAGGCGCCCGAUGUGGUUGUCCGUGAGUUGGCAGAGGUUGAUGACACAGACAGAGUGGAGGCAGACGUGUUUGCCGGAGUUCCUGACAUGCAGCUGGUGGAGACUGUUGCAGGCGACUCAGUGUCAGGCAUUGUGCCUGAUCGAAUGGACAGACAAACUACGGACUUGUGUGUUGAGGGCGUUUCGAACGAGGAAGUGGUCUUGCCCAUUCACGCCACUCAGAGUUGGACGAAACCGCCGAGUGAACAAGACAAUGACGAUCUCGAACUUGCCCUGUUGAAUACAGACAGCCUAAGAGCGCGAUUGAAGGAGGCCAUGAGCAGAAUCUGCGAACUUGAGAAUGCCAAGACAGAGUUGAGUGUGCGUCUGCUUGAGCUGGAAGGCGUUAUGAUGUGUGAAGAUAAGCCGAUGGAUGUGAUGCCUCUUAGUUCUCGUGUGCCUGACCGGUCGAUGAAAGUGACGGACGAAGCUGAUGCACUGUCGAAGCACAACAAAGAGCUGAUGACAGAGGUAGACUUGUUACGAAGUAAGAUUUCAGAGCGCGUGACACUGUUGGACGAUGUGUGCAUGGAGAUGGAUGAGGUCAGAGGAUCACUGGGUUUCUUGUUGAAGCAGGUGAGAGAAUUGCGUGCAGCACAUGCUGAGGCGAAUGCUGACCGCGCCGAAAUGGCGAACAGAAUGAGUGAGUACGAACGGGUUUCACAUCGCCUGUGCGAAACAGUUGGUCGAUCCACGUCACCAGUGCAAGACAUCGACUAUGCACACGAAGGCUCGUCGACUGACCGUUGCACAUCAGACGGGUUGCGAGAGGAUUUGCAGCGUGCACUGGAUACACAAUCAUUCGAGCUGGAGGCAGUCACUGAGAAACUGAGAGAAUGUGAGUCAAUGAACAAUGCCCUGAUCUGUGAGUGUGAGUCGCUGAAGCGUCGUCUAGAGAGUUAUAUGACUGUGAUUACUGACUUGGAGAAUGAUGUGACCAAGACGAAAGCACUGUUGGCGUUUGUGGUUGACCAUAUAAGAGGUCUGCGUUCCGACUAUGGAGAUUGGUGCAGAGAGCACGAACAACGAGUGCAGGAGUGUUUAGAUGCCGUCACAACAGGGUUGUCCCAUGGUGUGGUUGAACACGUGGACCGUGAGUGUGAGACAAUGACAUGGCCAGAACACUUGGAGUCUACUGUUAUGCUUGAUAGCUUUGUGCGACUGCAAGAGUCUCAUGAAGUGACGUCGAUGCAGAGAGGACAAGAUUGGGAUUCGGUAAGUGAGAUGAGCAGACUGUGCGACCGGAACCGUGAGCUGUCUGAGGAGCUCUGCAAGUGUCGAGACCUGUGUGAUAAGCAGGCAUCUGAGAUGGUGUUGAUGCAAACAGCUCUUCGUCAGGCAGUCGAACAGGCGUCAACUGCCCGAGAGGAACUGGAGGCCUAUAGACACGAGAAGGUUUGCGCAAUGUCAGAUCUGGAGAGUCAACUGUCUGCUUCUCGUGACGAGUGUUCUGCACUACGGGAUCAAGUGUGUCGGCUUGAGACAUCGAUGGAAGAGCAUUGCAACACAGUGUUGGCGAUAGCCAGUCGAGACUGGGAGUCGCGCGUAAACGAAAUUGUGAGAGAACGCGACACAGCCAUGAAAGAGUUGUUGGAACUGCGUAGUAGGUUGGAUAUGACAGACGAUGUGGACGCCAGGUUGGCAAAAACAGUGUGCAGAAGUGACAUGGGAACUGACGUGCUAGAUCGUAUGAUUGAACGUGAUAUAGCUUUGUCAUCAGGGUUCACUAGUGAUACGAGAGAGACUGUGAGCGUGGGCGUUGGUAAAGAUGCAGAGGACGACGAGUCGAAUUGCAUGGUUGUUGACGGUUGGAGCGACUACUCCUCAGAAUGCAUACACGACGAGCACAAGCCUAGUGUGUCGGUUGGUUCUCCGACUAGACUUGUGAGUGUGGAGACUCAAGCGACAGACAGCGUAUCUUGGUUGGCUACUGACACAUUGUCAACUUCAGGAUUUACCGAUCAGUCGACCGUAGAUCAGUCGACCAGGAGUCCAUUGGAGAUGACGAGAGAGAAGGUAGUGAGUUCAGGUUUGUGUGAAGAUGAGUCGAAUGUGGUUGGUCAACUGCGCGAAGAGUUGACGUCUUGUUAUGAACAGAUAGUGAAGCUGUCUAGAUCGGUGGAGGAGAGUGAUGCUUCGUUGAUGGAUGUCCGGCGUUUGUUGACUGUGAAGGAGAGUGAAGUGGCGGAUCUGAGAGAGGAGAAGCGUCAUUUACGAGACGAAGUGAAUGAGUUGAGGGAGACUGUAGAGGCAGAACGACGUGAUUUGGACAUAAUGCGUGCAAAUAUGGAUGUGUUGGAGAGCAAAGAAGAGGUGUCGGCGAUGUGCGAGGAGUGUCGUGGACCGAACGUUGCUGCUGCUGCUGCUGCUGCUGCUGCUGUGGAGGAGGAGUGUGUGCAGACGGAGAUUGACGACGAAGUUUUUGACCUGGUGUCGACGUUGCAGCUCGAGGUUGCCCAUCUGCGUGAGGAAAAUGCGGCGACGUUGGCGGCUCUGGAGCGUUCACAGCUCGAGUUGAGCAUGAAACAGACGGAAGUGCAGGAACCGGAGUCACGUAUGAUGGUGAACGAGACAACUUGGUGGAUUCCUUGUGAGACUGUGAGAAAGGCGCCCGAUGUGGUUGUCCGUGAGUUGGCAGAGGUUGAUGACACAGACAGAGUGGAGGCAGACGUGUUUGCCGGAGUUCCUGACAUGCAGCUGGUGGAGACUGUUGCAGGCGACUCAGUGUCAGGCAUUGUGCCUGAUCGAAUGGACAGACAAACUACGGACUUGUGUGUUGAGGGCGUUUCGAACGAGGAAGUGGUCUUGCCCAUUCACGCCACUCAGAGUUGGACGAAACCGCCGAGUGAACAAGACAAUGACGAUCCCGAACUUGCCCUGUUGAAUACAGACAGCCUAAGAGCGCGAUUGAAGGAGGCCAUGAGCAGAAUCUGCGAACUUGAGAAUGCCAAGACAGAGUUGAGUGUGCGUCUGCUUGAGCUGGAAGGCGUUAUGAUGUGUGAAGAUAAGCCGAUGGAUGUGAUGCCUCUUAGUUCUCGUGUGCCUGACCGGUCGAUGAAAGUGACGGACGAAGCUGAUGCACUGUCGAAGCACAACAAAGAGCUGAUGACAGAGGUAGACUUGUUACGAAGUAAGAUUUCAGAGCGCGUGACACUGUUGGACGAUGUGUGCAUGGAGAUGGAUGAGGUCAGAGGAUCACUGGGUUUCUUGUUGAAGCAGGUGAGAGAAUUGCGUGCAGCACAUGCUGAGGCGAAUGCUGACCGCGCCGAAAUGGCGAACAGAAUGAGUGAGUACGAACGGGUUUCACAUCGCCUGUGCGAAACAGUUGGUCGAUCCACGUCACCAGUGCAAGACAUCGACUAUGCACACGAAGGCUCGUCGACUGACCGUUGCACAUCAGACGGGUUGCGAGAGGAUUUGCAGCGUGCACUGGAUACACAAUCAUUCGAGCUGGAGGCAGUCACUGAGAAACUGAGAGAAUGUGAGUCAAUGAACAAUGCCCUGAUCUGUGAGUGUGAGUCGCUGAAGCGUCGUCUAGAGAGUUAUAUGACUGUGAUUACUGACUUGGAGAAUGAUGUGACCAAGACGAAAGCACUGUUGGCGUUUGUGGUUGACCAUAUAAGAGGUCUGCGUUCCGACUAUGGAGAUUGGUGCAGAGAGCACGAACAACGAGUGCAGGAGUGUUUAGAUGCCGUCACAACAGGGUUGUCCCAUGGUGUGGUUGAACACGUGGACCGUGAGUGUGAGACAAUGACAUGGCCAGAACACUUGGAGUCUACUGUUAUGCUUGAUAGCUUUGUGCGACUGCAAGAGUCUCAUGAAGUGACGUCGAUGCAGAGAGGACAAGAUUGGGAUUCGGUAAGUGAGAUGAGCAGACUGUGCGACCGGAACCGUGAGCUGUCUGAGGAGCUCUGCAAGUGUCGAGACCUGUGUGAUAAGCAGGCAUCUGAGAUGGUGUUGAUGCAAACAGCUCUUCGUCAGGCAGUCGAACAGGCGUCAACUGCCCGAGAGGAACUGGAGGCCUAUAGACACGAGAAGGUUUGCGCAAUGUCAGAUCUGGAGAGUCAACUGUCUGCUUCUCGUGACGAGUGUUCUGCACUACGGGAUCAAGUGUGUCGGCUUGAGACAUCGAUGGAAGAGCAUUGCAACACAGUGUUGGCGAUAGCCAGUCGAGACUGGGAGUCGCGCGUAAACGAAAUUGUGAGAGAACGCGACACAGCCAUGAAAGAGUUGUUGGAACUGCGUAGUAGGUUGGAUAUGACAGACGAUGUGGACGCCAGGUUGGCAAAAACAGUGUGCAGAAGUGACAUGGGAACUGACGUGCUAGAUCGUAUGAUUGAACGUGAUAUAGCUUUGUCAUCAGGGUUCACUAGUGAUACGAGAGAGACUGUGAGCGUGGGCGUUGGUAAAGAUGCAGAGGACGACGAGUCGAAUUGCAUGGUUGUUGACGGUUGGAGCGACUACUCCUCAGAAUGCAUACACGACGAGCACAAGCCUAGUGUGUCGGUUGGUUCUCCGACUAGACUUGUGAGUGUGGAGACUCAAGCGACAGACAGCGUAUCUUGGUUGGCUACUGACACAUUGUCAACUUCAGGAUUUACCGAUCAGUCGACCGUAGAUCAGUCGACCAGGAGUCCAUUGGAGAUGACGAGAGAGAAGGUAGUGAGUUCAGGUUUGUGUGAAGAUGAGUCGAAUGUGGUUGGUCAACUGCGCGAAGAGUUGACGUCUUGUUAUGAACAGAUAGUGAAGCUGUCUAGAUCGGUGGAGGAGAGUGAUGCUUCGUUGAUGGAUGUCCGGCGUUUGUUGACUGUGAAGGAGAGUGAAGUGGCGGAUCUGAGAGAGGAGAAGCGUCAUUUACGAGACGAAGUGAAUGAGUUGAGGGAGACUGUAGAGGCAGAACGACGUGAUUUGGACAUAAUGCGUGCAAAUAUGGAUGUGUUGGAGAGCAAAGAAGAGGUGUCGGCGAUGUGCGAGGAGUGUCGUGGACCGAACGUUGCUGCUGCUGCUGCUGCUGCUGCUGCUGCUGUGGAGGAGGAGUGUGUGCAGACGGAGAUUGACGACGAAGUUUUUGACCUGGUGUCGACGUUGCAGCUCGAGGUUGCCCAUCUGCGUGAGGAAAAUGCGGCGACGUUGGCGGCUCUGGAGCGUUCACAGCUCGAGUUGAGCAUGAAACAGACGGAAGUGCAGGAACCGGAGUCACGUAUGAUGGUGAACGAGACAACUUGGUGGAUUCCUUGUGAGACUGUGAGAAAGGCGCCCGAUGUGGUUGUCCGUGAGUUGGCAGAGGUUGAUGACACAGACAGAGUGGAGGCAGACGUGUUUGCCGGAGUUCCUGACAUGCAGCUGGUGGAGACUGUUGCAGGCGACUCAGUGUCAGGCAUUGUGCCUGAUCGAAUGGACAGACAAACUACGGACUUGUGUGUUGAGGGCGUUUCGAACGAGGAAGUGGUCUUGCCCAUUCACGCCACUCAGAGUUGGACGAAACCGCCGAGUGAACAAGACAAUGACGAUCUCGAACUUGCCCUGUUGAAUACAGACAGCCUAAGAGCGCGAUUGAAGGAGGCCAUGAGCAGAAUCUGCGAACUUGAGAAUGCCAAGACAGAGUUGAGUGUGCGUCUGCUUGAGCUGGAAGGCGUUAUGAUGUGUGAAGAUAAGCCGAUGGAUGUGAUGCCUCUUAGUUCUCGUGUGCCUGACCGGUCGAUGAAAGUGACGGACGAAGCUGAUGCACUGUCGAAGCACAACAAAGAGCUGAUGACAGAGGUAGACUUGUUACGAAGUAAGAUUUCAGAGCGCGUGACACUGUUGGACGAUGUGUGCAUGGAGAUGGAUGAGGUCAGAGGAUCACUGGGUUUCUUGUUGAAGCAGGUGAGAGAAUUGCGUGCAGCACAUGCUGAGGCGAAUGCUGACCGCGCCGAAAUGGCGAACAGAAUGAGUGAGUACGAACGGGUUUCACAUCGCCUGUGCGAAACAGUUGGUCGAUCCACGUCACCAGUGCAAGACAUCGACUAUGCACACGAAGGCUCGUCGACUGACCGUUGCACAUCAGACGGGUUGCGAGAGGAUUUGCAGCGUGCACUGGAUACACAAUCAUUCGAGCUGGAGGCAGUCACUGAGAAACUGAGAGAAUGUGAGUCAAUGAACAAUGCCCUGAUCUGUGAGUGUGAGUCGCUGAAGCGUCGUCUAGAGAGUUAUAUGACUGUGAUUACUGACUUGGAGAAUGAUGUGACCAAGACGAAAGCACUGUUGGCGUUUGUGGUUGACCAUAUAAGAGGUCUGCGUUCCGACUAUGGAGAUUGGUGCAGAGAGCACGAACAACGAGUGCAGGAGUGUUUAGAUGCCGUCACAACAGGGUUGUCCCAUGGUGUGGUUGAACACGUGGACCGUGAGUGUGAGACAAUGACAUGGCCAGAACACUUGGAGUCUACUGUUAUGCUUGAUAGCUUUGUGCGACUGCAAGAGUCUCAUGAAGUGACGUCGAUGCAGAGAGGACAAGAUUGGGAUUCGGUAAGUGAGAUGAGCAGACUGUGCGACCGGAACCGUGAGCUGUCUGAGGAGCUCUGCAAGUGUCGAGACCUGUGUGAUAAGCAGGCAUCUGAGAUGGUGUUGAUGCAAACAGCUCUUCGUCAGGCAGUCGAACAGGCGUCAACUGCCCGAGAGGAACUGGAGGCCUAUAGACACGAGAAGGUUUGCGCAAUGUCAGAUCUGGAGAGUCAACUGUCUGCUUCUCGUGACGAGUGUUCUGCACUACGGGAUCAAGUGUGUCGGCUUGAGACAUCGAUGGAAGAGCAUUGCAACACAGUGUUGGCGAUAGCCAGUCGAGACUGGGAGUCGCGCGUAAACGAAAUUGUGAGAGAACGCGACACAGCCAUGAAAGAGUUGUUGGAACUGCGUAGUAGGUUGGAUAUGACAGACGAUGUGGACGCCAGGUUGGCAAAAACAGUGUGCAGAAGUGACAUGGGAACUGACGUGCUAGAUCGUAUGAUUGAACGUGAUUUAGCUUUGUCAUCAGGGUUCACUAGUGAUACGAGAGAGACUGUGAGCGUGGGCGUUGGUAAAGAUGCAGAGGACGACGAGUCGAAUUGCAUGGUUGUUGACGGUUGGAGCGACUACUCCUCAGAAUGCAUACACGACGAGCACAAGCCUAGUGUGUCGGUUGGUUCUCCGACUAGACUUGUGAGUGUGGAGACUCAAGCGACAGACAGCGUAUCUUGGUUGGCUACUGACACAUUGUCAACUUCAGGAUUUACCGAUCAGUCGACCGUAGAUCAGUCGACCAGGAGUCCAUUGGAGAUGACGAGAGAGAAGGUAGUGAGUUCAGGUUUGUGUGAAGAUGAGUCGAAUGUGGUUGGUCAACUGCGCGAAGAGUUGACGUCUUGUUAUGAACAGAUAGUGAAGCUGUCUAGAUCGGUGGAGGAGAGUGAUGCUUCGUUGAUGGAUGUCCGGCGUUUGUUGACUGUGAAGGAGAGUGAAGUGGCGGAUCUGAGAGAGGAGAAGCGUCAUUUACGAGACGAAGUGAAUGAGUUGAGGGAGACUGUAGAGGCAGAACGACGUGAUUUGGACAUAAUGCGUGCAAAUAUGGAUGUGUUGGAGAGCAAAGAAGAGGUGUCGGCGAUGUGCGAGGAGUGUCGUGGACCGAACGUUGCUGCUGCUGCUGCUGCUGCUGCUGCUGCUGCUGUGGAGGAGGAGUGUGUGCAGACGGAGAUUGACGACGAAGUUUUUGACCUGGUGUCGACGUUGCAGCUCGAGGUUGCCCAUCUGCGUGAGGAAAAUGCGGCGACGUUGGCGGCUCUGGAGCGUUCACAGCUCGAGUUGAGCAUGAAACAGACGGAAGUGCAGGAACCGGAGUCACGUAUGAUGGUGAACGAGACAACUUGGUGGAUUCCUUGUGAGACUGUGAGAAAGGCGCCCGAUGUGGUUGUCCGUGAGUUGGCAGAGGUUGAUGACACAGACAGAGUGGAGGCAGACGUGUUUGCCGGAGUUCCUGACAUGCAGCUGGUGGAGACUGUUGCAGGCGACUCAGUGUCAGGCAUUGUGCCUGAUCGAAUGGACAGACAAACUACGGACUUGUGUGUUGAGGGCGUUUCGAACGACGAAGUGGUCUUGCCCAUUCACGCCACUCAGAGUUGGACGAAACCGCCGAGUGAACAAGACAAUGACGAUCUCGAACUUGCCCUGUUGAAUACAGACAGCCUAAGAGCGCGAUUGAAGGAGGCCAUGAGCAGAAUCUGCGAACUUGAGAAUGCCAAGACAGAGUUGAGUGUGCGUCUGCUUGAGCUGGAAGGCGUUAUGAUGUGUGAAGAUAAGCCGAUGGAUGUGAUGCCUCUUAGUUCUCGUGUGCCUGACCGGUCGAUGAAAGUGACGGACGAAGCUGAUGCACUGUCGAAGCACAACAAAGAGCUGAUGACAGAGGUAGACUUGUUACGAAGUAAGAUUUCAGAGCGCGUGACACUGUUGGACGAUGUGUGCAUGGAGAUGGAUGAGGUCAGAGGAUCACUGGGUUUCUUGUUGAAGCAGGUGAGAGAAUUGCGUGCAGCACAUGCUGAGGCGAAUGCUGACCGCGCCGAAAUGGCGAACAGAAUGAGUGAGUACGAACGGGUUUCACAUCGCCUGUGCGAAACAGUUGGUCGAUCCACGUCACCAGUGCAAGACAUCGACUAUGCACACGAAGGCUCGUCGACUGACCGUUGCACAUCAGACGGGUUGCGAGAGGAUUUGCAGCGUGCACUGGAUACACAAUCAUUCGAGCUGGAGGCAGUCACUGAGAAACUGAGAGAAUGUGAGUCAAUGAACAAUGCCCUGAUCUGUGAGUGUGAGUCGCUGAAGCGUCGUCUAGAGAGUUAUAUGACUGUGAUUACUGACUUGGAGAAUGAUGUGACCAAGACGAAAGCACUGUUGGCGUUUGUGGUUGACCAUAUAAGAGGUCUGCGUUCCGACUAUGGAGAUUGGUGCAGAGAGCACAAACAACGAGUGCAGGAGUGUUUAGAUGCCGUCACAACAGGGUUGUCCCAUGGUGUGGUUGA